GAUAAGCGAUAUUCGCGGAAUCGACGGUGAGAAACGUCAUUUCGAGGAGAAUGCGGUACCGAUGGCAGAGCUUCAGAGGGCCUACUCCCUUCCGGUGCGAACGCAGACGCCGUCCUCGCAGAAUCGCGUGAAUUUACGACGAAGCGUCCGCGGCGAGCCACCCCCGCAUCCCGCUAGACUGCGGAAACAUCGUCACGGUUGGACCCUGCAUUUAGCCCGGCCCCUGAAGACUUCCGGCUGCUCCAGGUCCUUGGUCCUCCUGUUGAUUGUCAUUCUGGCGCUUCUGGGAAUCGGCGCCGUUGCUCUCUACAUCGUCUUCGAGCCGGAAAAGCUGCAGAUCAUCCAACAGUACCUGAAAUCGUCCGCGAACGAUUCGUUGCCGGCCGACACGCUCGCCGCGGGAACGUUGUUUUCGAAUGGGAACGUGGAACAUCGAAACGGUACAACAAUUAUAACGAUGACGACGACUACGAGCAGCGAAAGCUUGCUCGCGAGCGUCCUUUUAAGCGGCGACCAGUCGUUUCCGGAGAACGGCACUCAGCCGACCACGGAAACGGAAGCGCCAAAUUUGAACUCCACCAGAUACUGCGAUGACUGCUUAAAUGGAGAGGUCUGUGUGGCUCUGGUCGACGAGGAUGUGCCAAUCUGCAGGGCCGGUCUCGAUCCUGAGGAUCCGACAGGAUGCGCCGGUUUCUGUCUGGUCAACAAACAGAAGUGUCAUCGUCUCGAUGUGGACGCGUUCAGGUGCGUGGAGGUGGAACACUACUGUCUGGACGACGAGUGGACCUGCACGAAUACACUCUGCAUCCCGUCGGAGAAACGUUGCGACGGCCAUAUGAAUUGUUACGACCAUUCGGACGAGUACAAUUGCGUCUGCGACCCGGAGACGCAUUUCCAGUGCGGUAACGAGACUUCCUGCCUUCCAUUGGAAAAGAGAUGCGACGGGAAGAUAGACUGCUGGGACGCGGCCGACGAGAUUAAUUGCACGUUAGGUCGUAAUCUCGGUUGGUCGUGUCCUUCGGAAAACGAGUUCACGUGCAGCAACGGACAGUGCAUAUUGAAGGCUCGUUUCUGCGACGGUCUGCCGGACUGCGUCGACGGGUCCGACGAACCUUCCGGGUGCCAGGGACGUUGCAACAAGCACGAAUUCACGUGCCAAAACAGUAGAUGCAUCGCGAAGGGGAUGAAAUGCAACGGGAUCGACGACUGCGGGGACGGAAGCGACGAGAGACACUGCAAGCAUCGAUUCUCUUAAAAACUUGCUCCCGCGUCGAGACGAAGCCGAAUGACGUUUCCCACGACUCGUAUCACAGUAUUUUUUCUUACAGACCGAGCGAGUGUGCGUGUGAAAGAGACAGAGAGAUACCAGUGUAAUUAAUUGUAUAUAAAACUGUGCCGUGUAGAUAUGCAAUGUUGCGUAAUAAAUUGUUUACAGGCGGUAAUAUACGCAGAGAAAAUCCAGUCGUAGGGUAUGAUUAGGAAA